AUGAUGACCGGGGUGUCUGUGUGGAAAGACAACGAAAUUGGACGUGAAGAUUCAGUCAUGGGCUCCGGCCACAGGGAUGACAAGAACAGUUUGGGACCUGAGCAGCUUGCCUCUCUCGGCCAUCACAAGUUCCCAUCCGCCUUGACACACAGCCCCAAGGAAAUCUGGAAGAAAGGGGGGCGUGUCUUCUCUGUUCUCCUCGCCAUCAAUUUGGUGCUGCUGUCCUGCACUUUGGUCAGCGGCGGGGCUUUCCAUGAAAUAAAACUGCAUGACUAUGAUGUCUUCUUCAUGCUCACCAUUGUGAUGCUGAUCGCCAUUAUCUGGAUGCUCUUCUACCUCGUCCGCACCUCCAGGCACCGGGAUGCCAUUCUCUGCAAGGAUACGCACGCAGGACCCAUUUGGCUCAGAGGAGGUUUGGUCUUGUUCGCAGUUCUCACCCUGGUGAUGGAUGUUUUUAAGACGGGAUAUUAUUCCAGCUUCUCUCACUGUCUGACAGCCAUCAAAAUAACCUAUCCAGUGGUGCAGGCUGUCUUUGUGAUUGUCCAGACUUACUUUCUCUGGGUUUCUGCCAAAGAUUGUGUACACGUGCACCUGGACGUUACCAGAUGUGGCUUGAUGGUCACCCUGACCACCAAUUUAGCAGUGUGGAUGUCGGCAGUAACAGAUGAGUCGGUGCAUAAAGCACAAUUAAAGAAUCCAAAUGGCACACACAGAAUGUUUGAGAUAAGGAGCAGCCCCACAGAGAGCUGUAGCUGUGACGGAAAACUCUGCAGCGUCUUCUAUGACGGCUACUUUUGGAUGUAUCCCUUCAAUAUUGAGUACAGCCUCUUUGCUUCUGCCAUGGUCUAUGUUAUGUGGAAGAAUGUCGGCCGCCUCAUAGACCACCACGAGAACCCUAUGUAUCACCUGAAGUUCAAGCUUUUCAAAAAGACUUUCUUUCUGGGCGCCAUCUUGGGGCUCUUGAUAUUAGUGACUGGGAUAGGGGUCCUGAUUGUAUAUGAAAUACAGGUAAAUAAAAAUAACCCUGUUGAGAAAAAGGAGCAGGCGCUCAUGAUGUACUACAUCUUCAACAUUGUUUGCCUGGGCCUGACGUCCCUUGCCUCCAUCGGGGGCUCCAUAGUUUACAGGUUUGACAAGAGAGAUAUGGACCGUCACAAGAACCCAACUAGAACCUUGGAUGUGGCUCUUUUGAUGGGCGCAGCCCUGGGACAAUAUGCUAUUUCCUAUUACUCUAUUGUGGCCAUAGUGGCCAGCAUGUCAAGGGAUACUAUCAGUGCCCUCAACUUGAGCUAUUCCUUGCUGAUGAUUGCCCAGCAUACUUUCCAGAACAUCUUUAUCAUAGAAGGCCUCCAUCGGGAGCCCCCAGAAGAGGAAAACAAAAUGGACCCUCAGCAGAAGGAUGUCUAUGGGCUCACCUUUGUCAAUAUGAAUGCGGUAUCCCUUCGUGUCCCUGACAGUGGAAGCGCCUUGCCGUCUGCCACACCUCCAACCUUAGCAAUUCAAGGACCUUCUGAAGUGAUACAGUCCAUAAAGGUUUCCAAGAAAAUGAACUGGAGGAGGACAUUCUUGAAAGAGGUCUCGUCAUUCCUGCUGCUGUGUAAUGUAAUUCUCUGGAUCAUGCCAGCGUUUGGAGCCCGGCCACAGUUUGAUAAUGAGCGGGAGCUCAAAUUCUAUGGCUACCCUAUGUGGGCCGCCAUCGUGGACAUCUGCCUGCCCUUUGGCAUCUUCUACAGGAUGCAUGCAGUGGCCAGCCUACUGGAGGUCUACAUCAUGUCUUAACAGGAAGAUGAAGAAUUUCCUGUGUGAACCCACAUUUCUCUCAUCUCCCAGGACUGAAAACCUGAAUAACUACACUGAGGGGAUUGAGGUUUACUGGGGUGUUCGACCUUGGUGAUUAGUGGGCAUUACUCCAUAAUACUCAUGACAAAAAAAGAAAAGAUUAUUUUGGGGCUGUUGCUUGUUUGUUUCUGUAUUUUUGUUCCAUGA